CUCUGGCCAGACCUGUAUUAGACGCGUCAGCAGACGAUUGUUGUGUAAUGACAGCAUGAAGGCGAUGAAGCCAUUAUUUUGAAAACAAAAAGUUAAAAACGCCGAUAACGAUAACGUUGCGAGUUUCUUGCAGAAUUUGAAGCGAGUUUUAUUUCUUUUGAUGCUUAAAUUUUGGUCAGUGUUUGGAAUAAGUUGUAUUUGUUUUAUUGUCAAAUAACAAAAAGGACGAACAGUAUGAAUGAACGAUCAGAAAAUCCGGUGAAAGGCAUUCAGUCAAAUCCUGAUGCAGAGAAACAAGGUGUGAACACAUCUUCGAAAAUGGGGGUUGUUUCUACUGAUUUAGAAAGUGACAGUUCAACAUCAGCAAGUACAAGUUGUGUACAACACCAUUUUUCUACUGACAGUAGGCCUACUUAUAGAGGAAGAGGACGAGGAGUAAACAACUACAGUAAUCACCCAAAUGACUUUCACAAUCCACCUUUUGGAAAUCCUGGUCCAAUCCCCAACAGGUGGGAAAAUUAUCCCAGUAUUGGAGAACCGAUAGAAGGAUUACCCAUCUUGGCUUGUAGAGUUCCUUUAAACGAGCACUUGCUUCAUUUUAACAAUGUUGAUCUUGAGCAAUGGUUCACCCCCAAAAAUUUAAUGGAAAAGGUACCAACCGUUGGUUGUAUUAUUGAUCUUACUGCAACAACAAGGUAUUACAAUCCAAAAGUGUUCACUGAUUCCCAAGUCCAACAUGCAAAGAUUUAUUGCAUAGGGCAUGAAAUUCCAGAUGAAAUUACGAUCCAAAGAUUUUUUUCAGUAAUGGAUAAUUUUCUUCAUGACCCUAUGUCACGUGGGAAAGUAGUAGUUGUGCAUUGCACUCACGGCCUUAACAGAACUGGGUAUUUGGUGGUAAGGUACCUAGUUGUGCGAAGAGGUUAUCAACCAGCGGAUGCGAUAUCAGCUUUUAACAAAGCUCGGGGUUACCCUAUGGAAAGGGAAAACUAUAUUGAGAAUCUAAAUCAAAUGAUUCAAGAAGUUUGUCCUAAUCCAGUCCCACUGUUUCAGGAAAGAGAUGAUAAAGUCGAAGUCAACCAUCAGUGUGAAUCAACAGAUUCAACAUAUCGACCAGUAUAUAACCAACAAAGCCGUAACUAUUACGGUGGAAGACCUUGGUACGAGAAUAACUAUCGUGGCAACCACUACCGUGACCGACCUUAUGCCGACAGGAGAGAUCGCCAAGAACGUCCUAUUUCAGACGAACUGCCAUCAAAUGAUAUACGGAAUCACCGCCCCGACAGCCGUUAUCGCCACCAGCCUGCAAGGGAGAGAAAUAGUGCAGAGAGUCGAAAUUAUAGAGAACGCGAGAAUGGAGCAUUGAAUACAGAUAACCGACUCCAACGUGAUGAUUAUCCGCGCCGAGUCAGCAAUGAAGAUCCCAGAAACCACUCUCCGGCGUUCUAACAGUGGUAUUCAUUCACUGGUCACAAUUACUUUAUUUUUAGUUCGUGGUAUAUCACUCCAUUCAAUGAAGAUUUUUUUUUUUUUUUUUAAUUUUAAGCAUUUAAGAAUUCAUUAUUGAAGUUCGUAUCUAACACUCGUAUCAUCCAUACUAGACAACUAUAGUGUGGACGAUGUUUCGACCAAUUACUUGAAUAUUUGAAGCUUUGAACGAGAAUUUAUAAUGAAUACAGACUUUCAUCAACAAUA